GGUCACAUGACUUCUGACACUCCGCCCCCCCUGCUGAAUAUCUCCGUUGUAGCCUAUACACUUGUAUUGCGGACGCUGUGACUCGGGGGUCCGCCAGCAGCUGAGGUGUAGAGCGGGUCUGUAAGAACAAACAAGGCUUUCUAUUGGUACUCUUGUCUUGCAAUCUACAGAUAAAAAAGUAUGGGUGUGGAAUGGUUUGGUUUUGGAUAUGCGGCUCUAGUCGCCACUGGAGGAGUUAUCGGCUAUGUAAAAGCAGGUAGCGUCCCAUCUCUUGCUGCUGGUCUGCUAUUUGGAGGUCUAGCUGGUCUGGGGGCCUAUCAGAUGUCUCAUGAUUCCAAAAAUAUUAUACUUUCACUGAUUGCAUCAGGAUCAUUAGCUGGAGUUAUGGGUUACAGGUUUUACAGCUCGGGAAAACUCAUGCCAGCCGGAAUUAUUGCUGGUGCCAGCUUGCUAAUGUUGGGAAGACUGGGGGUUAAAAUGUUGGAGAAACCUCAUAAACCUUGAUGGAAACGGCCUAAGCACUUAAAUAUAUAUAAACAUAUAUCGGACAAACCA